AUGCGCCGUCUCGUCGCACUGAGCGAAUUUGACCAAGCCUUCGACACCAACUCUUCGUCGCUCAUCCACACAACCACCAUGGGCGCCCCCUUCGACUUCGCGCCUGAGCGGCCGGAUCACAUGCAGCAGAUCCUCGAUGGACUGGAUCGCUACAACCCAGAGACGACGGGUGUCUUCCAGGACUAUGUCAUGCAGCAGUGCGAGAACCAGACGUACGACUGCUACGCCAACCUCGCCCUGUUGAAGCUUUACCAGUUCAACCCCCACCUCGCCCGUGACGAGACCAUCACCAACAUCCUCGUCAAGGCCCUCACCGUCUUCCCCAGCCCCGACUUCUCCCUGGGUCUGUCUCUCCUCCCCCCACACGUCCUAGCUCCUCUUUCCUCUUCAUUACACAACCCAGCUGCUGGCGAUGCCCCGCUAUCAGAAGCUGUCCAGAAGCUCAACGAGCUCAGGAAUCUGCUCGAAGGUGCAGACUACGCCACAUUCUGGUCCACACUUGACUCUGACGACCUGUACGCCGACUUGAUUGCCGACGUAUCAGGCUUCGAGGAGUUGAUGCGCGUACGAAUUGCUGCGACUGUCAGCCAAGCGGUACGCGAGGUCGACCGAAGCAUCCUAGAGUCAUGGUUGAACCUCUCCGGAAGCGAGUUUGACAACUUCGUCGGAAGCGUGUGUGGAUGGAACAUCGAUGGUGCCAAGAUCAAGGUACCAAUCAACAAGGACAACGAGGCUAAGGGCACCGUUGUCCGCGAGAAUGUCAAGUUUGAUCAAUUCGCAAGGGUCAUCAAGAGGGCAUACGAACAGCCUGCAUGA